AUGGCAGCCGCGCUGGGCCUCCGAGGGGCGGCCCGCAGCCUGCUGGGCCGGGGCCGGCGGCAGUGCGCGGGCCGGGCCGGCCUCGCAGCGGUGUGUUCUAGGUCAAUGGCUUCCAAAACUCCAGUUGGAUUCGUUGGUCUGGGCAACAUGGGAAAUCCAAUGGCCAAAAACCUCAUGAAACAUGGAUACCCUCUCAUUAUUUAUGAUAUAUUUCCAGAAGCAUGCAAAGAUUUCCAAGAUGUGGGACAGGUAAUGGCUUCUCCAGCAGAUGUAGCAGAGAAAGCAGACAGAAUUAUUACUAUGCUGCCUACCAGCGUUAAUGCAAUAGAGGUUUACACGGGACCUAAUGGCAUUCUCAGGAAAGUGAAGAAGGGCUCUUUAUUAAUAGAUUCCAGUACAAUUGACCCUUCAGUGUCAAAGGAGCUGGCAAAGGAAGUUGAAAAGAUGGGAGCACUUUUCAUGGAUGCCCCUGUUUCUGGUGGGGUGGGAGCUGCUCGAGCUGGGAACCUGACAUUCAUGGUAGGAGGACCAGAGCAAGAGUUUGCUGCUGCCAAAGAACUACUAGGAUGCAUGGGCUCCAACGUGGUGUAUUGUGGAGCUGUGGGAACUGGAGAGGCAGCAAAGAUAUGCAACAACAUGCUCCUGGGCAUCAGCAUGAUCGGGACUGCCGAAGCAAUGAAUCUCGGAAUCAGGUUGGGUCUUGACCCAAAACUGUUGGCCAAAAUUCUCAACAUGAGCUCAGGUCGUUGUUGGUCAAGUGAUACUUACAAUCCUGUUCCAGGGGUAAUGGAUGGAGUACCUUCAGCUAACAAUUACCAGGGUGGAUUUGGAACAACGCUUAUGGCCAAGGAUCUGGGCUUGGCACAGGCCUCUGCUACCAGCACAAAAAGCCCAAUCCUUCUAGGGGGUCUGACGCAUCAGAUCUAUAGAAUGAUGUGUGCCAAGGGCUAUUCCCAAAAGGACUUCUCUUCGGUCUUCCAGUUUCUCCGAGAGGAUGAGAACUUUUGAGCUGGCUGUGACAGCAGGACACUGGUAGAAACCAAACACUUUCUGGGAACCUCCUUGUAGCUUACUUCACCAGUAAGGGGAUCUAAUCCAAGGCCACAAGUCAUCAUCUCUCAUAGACCUGUCUGCUUUUGAUUGCUAGGUCACAAUGAUCUAGGUCUAGGGAUUUUUUCACCCAUUUUAAAAAACUGCUUCUUCUUUCUAGUUUACUUAGUGACCACAUUAUAAUAAAAACCUUUCAUAUUUUCCAGGCCACCAUCAGAGGCACACCAAAGCAAUAGCUAACUAAGUUUUAAAAAUGGUUUUUAAUAAUUUUUCCAUCCCAAAGUAUUAACCUUGGACAAAUACGCCUAAAUCUUUGCUUACUUCAGCUCCCUGUUAGGCAUUUUGAUCUACAAAUAAGUCAGCUCUCAAUGAAUGAAUGAGAACUUUCUUGGUGUGGAGGAGGAAGAAAUAGAUAUGGGGGUAGGGAUAAAUUGGCUAGACUAAGGAAGCCUGAUGAGUAGCUUCUCUCCCCUUAUUCGAAUACUCCCUACUCACCCAAUAUCAUUUUCUUCUUAACCACAUGGUUUCUCUUAGGUUAAUAAAGUUACUGACUUUUUUGUUCCAGGGAGUUGACAAAAUUAAGUAAAAAUUUGUUAUUGUGUGUUUUACAAUUUGGAUUUCAUUACAACAUCUUUGUAUGUUGGUCCGUGUGUAUGUGUGUCCCUGCCCCUUCUGGGAAAGCCUCCAUAUGCUGCGAACUGAUUUUUAAACUUUUUGUUCCCUUGUACAUUUUUUUCAAGUAUUUUUGGAUAUCAAAAGAAUGGCAUCUUUAGGGCCUCCUCCUGAGUUAACGAUGUAUAUUUGCUUUAGAUGAUUAUUAUGUUUCUCUAAAUAAACAAACCACAUUAUUUUGAAUUCAAAUAAAUUUCUAUACAGAUAA